AAAAUACUGAGACAUCGAAGCCCAGUUUCUGUUAGACCACGAAACGUUUGAUAAGAAUGUGUACGCUGAUAGAAUACAAUAUUGAUUAUAACGAUAAGUUUUCUGAUAUCAACAAUCAGCGCUACGACAAGCACAAGGUCAAGAAUCAGGCGAAGAAAAAUGCAACGUAACAAAAAUAACCGGUUUGGUUGUAUGCACGAUUCUAGAAUUGCACUCCUGCUGAGAAGCUGAAAUCAGACGCUACUUGAAGCCAUCUAAGUUGAGAAAUACGAGUCACAAACGCAUAUGGAAUCUACAAGGUAUAAGAAAAGUCCAAAACAAGGAAUGACUUAACAAAACGUUGUGGUGAUUUGUCGUAAACUGUAAUAGAGAGUUCCCCAAAAGUGAACAAUCAUCUCUAAAAAUCACAGUACUGCAUACUAAUUGAACCGUUUAGUGCAUCGUGACAAAGGGUGACAGUUAAUAUGCCUCGUAGCGCUUUGAUUAAUGGAAAUUGAUUGAAUAAUUCAAUUGUGAAUUAAACCACCGCAAGGCACACGUUUCGAUGCGAGCUGUGACGAUACGAUGCAGAUCGUUUGCGAAGCGGAUGGCAGACGCUGUGCAAUUUACAACGUUACGCGCUGAACUUGAUCUUCCCCGCAUUCAAGAUGUUCGCUGCUCUGAUGGGUCGUCGUGAUUGUGCUGGUAUUAGACGACGCAGUGAAACAAAUCCACGACGUUAUAAAUAACAGAGUUCUGUGUCAACAGCCGGCUGCGGGGCGUGAGGCAAAUGAUGCACCAAUUGUGGAAAUGAGCCGUGCUUGAAGUCACAUCGACGAUCAUGGUUAAAUGCGCUAUAUUUGAGUUGGUUACAAUCGACGUUAAUCGUCGUGCUUGGUUCGAGGGUUCUGAACUGAACUGGGAAUGUGAUGGUGGUGGUAGUGGUAGUGGCGAUGGCGGAACGACUACCAUACGAUAUGUGCAGAAUCGUCUUUUCUGAAUGGCACUGACCUACGGCAAUAUGCUGUUUGUGUGAAAGGGAAGGCACUAAUGCGAUUUGUGUGUUGAAUAAACAUGACCGAUCAUAUGAUAGGAUUUGGUUAUGUUGACUUGAACCGGUUAAAGUUUUUAGGGGUGUCAUAAAACUUAUGUUUUCGAAUACAAUGCCAAAUGUAGUAAUAUCUGGAGAUGAAGCAUUAUUCACAAUCUUCAGGAGUUGAGAGAGGUGCGCCACGCUGUUGUUGCGCAAGCUCAGCGUACCCUAAGUAACAGAACUUGCUGAAUAAAGGUUUGUUAAGCUAAAGUUUGCUUGAGAGUGGUUUGUUCCACUCUUGUACAGCAAAAAUGUUUGUACUUGUCUGGGUCAGGUAGAACCAAAAUUUUAACAGUGUAAAAUAAUAGAAUACAAGGAGUUUUAUUUGAUAUUUAAUGCUUAAAGAGGGAAAAAUCCUCCAAUAUGGUGUUGCCUUUUAGUGGUGUUUUUGACAACGAAGCUUUAAAAGCCCCGCUUAUGCCCCAACUUUUGUAGUGAAAGAAUAUUUCUAUGAUUCAUUGUCUUCAUCACCCCAACAUCGAAAGACCUUCAGCCGUUGAGUAUUCUCCACUGAUUUCCCAUGAAAUUGUUCUUGAUUGCGGUAGUUCAACCUUCUACGCUGUCAGCGUGGCCAUUCAAAAUCGCAAUGGACUUCCUCAAGCGAUGCUUCGUCAAACGACCCUCGCCGGAGGACCUGGCCGAUGGUUUGGAGACGGCUCAGGAGUACACUGCCCGCUGGAACUCUAUCCGGAUAAUUUACUACACGAUGUUUCUGAUGUCACUGGGUUUCAGUAUAAUUCUGACCGGAGUUUGGCCUUAUCUAGACAAGUUGGACCCCGAUGCUGGUAAGGAGUUCAUGGGAUGGAUUGUUAGCGCCAAUCCGGUGGGCCAGAUGAUAUUUAGCCCUCUGGUCGGGUGGUGGAGCAACCGGCUAGGUUCCAUACGACUACCCCUGUUGUGUUCACUAGCACUGUUCUCGAUUGCUAGCGGGAUUUAUUCCACACUGGAGCUGUUCACCUCACACCACAAGUAUUGGAUGAUGUAUUCGCGUUUCCUCAUCGGAGUUAGUUCCGCCAGUAUUGCAGUCUGCCGAUCGUACUUGUCGGCUGCCACUAAAGUCCGGGAGCGCACGGGCGCUGUAUCGAUGGUAUCGUUGGCCCAGACCUUGGGCUUCAUCGUUGGACCUGCUUUGCAGGGAGUCGUCACUCCUUUGGGUGACCAUGGAGUGCCGCUAUUUAGGGACAAACUGUACCUAAAUAUGUACACCGCGACCGGAUGGAUCAACGUUGUGAUGGGCAUCAUGAACUUCUGUCUGUUUCUGCCCUUCUUUUUCAAAGAGAAGCGAAUAGCCGCCAGAGAAGCUAUGGUUCAACAAGGAAAGGAAAGUGAAAAGGAAACCUGGAAAGCACUCAAGCCGGAUUACAUAUCGGCAUGGUCCUUGAUCUUCGCUUUCUUCAUCUUAGUAUUUAACUUCGUAUUCUUGGAAACGUUGGCAACUCCGCUGACGAUGGACAUGUUCGCGUGGACAAAAGCUGAAGCCUUGUAUUAUAUGGCUUGGGUGAUGGCCGUUGGAGCAAUUGUUGCCAGCGCAACCUUCUUAACGAUUGGGCCGAUGUGCAAAAAGUUCCCGGAGCAUAAUGUACUUCUUUGGGGAGGGUUCUUCCUGAUGGUCCUGGGUCGUGCUGUCUACAUACCGAUGAGUGAUAGUCCACCAAAGCUAGCUAUUCCAUUGAAUGACACCGCCCUACAUCAUGCGGAACCGUACGUCUACGCUUCUAACUUCACAGAAGUUUAUUCCAACCUUACGAGGGUUGGGUACGACGAGAUGUCUACAGUGCCAGUGGUAGAAUCCGUACAAAAUAUUGAAGUACUAGGCUGUCCUAUCUCUCAAGAGUGGUGCAAGACAACCAAAGGAAUGACCAUCAGUCAGUUUUUGAUAGGUUACGCAUUUACAGCGAUUGGUUAUCCGAUUGGCGUGACGUUGAUUACGACCAUCUUCUCUAAGAUCCUGGGUCCAAGACCGCAAGGCACUUGGAUGGGUAUUAUGACAGGGUCAGGUUGCUUGUCACGAGCUCUGGGACCGGUAUUUCUUUCAACUAUCUACACCAAACUAGGACUGUAUUGGACAUUCGGAUCAACUGCAGUCAUGAUGGCAGCUACAAUGCUAUGGCUUUGGCUUGUGAGGGACCGAUUGAUACCACCGGAAUACGAGAAUCCCAACUCUGGCCAAGAACUUCAAACUGUCACUAGCAAAAAGAAUCCCAACGCCGUUGAUCCUUCCGAGCUGGAGAAGCUGAAUGGCAACGCUUCGCAGAUACUAGAGCGGCCAGAGCAACUGGAAAAACCAAGCUGAGUCUGAUAUUCACGUAGUUAUUAAGUCUAGGUUAAGUGAUCAAGUCGACAAAUGUUUUGCACCAAAACUCAGACGCACAAAGACCCAUUAGAAUUGUAUCAUAAGAAUUUUCGUAAAUUAUUUUACCAGGCUGAGAAAAAUGUGAUACUUACACAUGGGCUUCAUCCAACGCUAGUUCAAAUAAACUUUUUGCUGUGUGGACCAA